ACAGGAUUUUAACCUUUUCAAACGGAUGAUUUCCGUGAGAAUAUGUUACAUUUCAUAUAAUAUCGUUCGAUUUCGUAUUUUGUGACGGUUUCGGUGUGGUUUGGUUCGAUUUUAAGUACUUUUUUUUCUUUUUUUUGUCAACAACACCGUUUUCUAAAAUCUGUGUCACGAAUGAAUAGAGAAACUAACCCGGUGCACUAUUAUUAUUAUUAUAUACCUCUGUGCGUGGGUGUGCGAAAAACGAAACAGUGAGCGUAUACUAACCCGUUCCGGAUAUUCCCACACCCCAUACAGUAUAUAUAUUGUUUACUUCAGAUGCACGUCGCGACGAUCAAACCAUGUCAGAACCUGGACCUAAUACAACAAUUGAAUGUACAAAAUCGAUGCCUUGCAUUGAACUGGCGUCUCCCAUAUUAUUUGCAUCUAACCAUUCAUUGGGGUCUUACAAAAGUUGCGACGCGGAUCAUCAGCAAGAAAUCCAGAAACCUACUGAAAUAUCAUCAAACGUAAACAUUUUGAUCGACAAACAUAGGUCAUGCCUAGACAAAUUACUAAAUGCUAAAAUUAAUGAUUUUAUCGCUAAGAAGAAAUCAUUUGCCAAUGCUUAUAAAAAUGUAUGUAAUUCGUACAACGAUUGUAUAAAAAUAGAAGGUGACUCGAAACAGGUGGAAAACGUCGAUAAUUUUGUGAAAAAUCAUGUGUUUGAAGUUUUUAAUGCCAACGUAAUAUUAAACAAUCCAAAACCACUGAAUGUAGAAAAAUAUGUGUUGAAAUCCAAUGAUAUUGAUUUCAAAACUGGAACGCCUGAAUUAGAUAAAAUUUUGACUACUAUGGGCAAACGUUUUUGGCAAAAUAUUGUUUCUGUAGUCAGUGUUAAUAAUUUCUAUUACCAAUGUUUGACACAGAUAAUGGACACUCGUAAAUUUAAAAAUCUAGAGGACGUAAUAGUUCAUGUCAAUUCGACGUUAAAAAUAGCAGGCGAUGAUUUUGAACUAAUCAGAUCAGAACUCGUCGCCUCUUCCAAGGAGUAUAUGGAAAAUUUUGGUUCAGUAUUAGACAGUAAACUAAAUGAGAAACCAAAGAAAACUUCGUUUUUAAACUACGACAGCAACAUAAGUGUGCUUAGAAUGGAGUUGGCCAAAAAUAAGAGGUACACAAAGAUCGCCGAAAACAGUAUUGCACAAUUCCGAAAGGAAAAGAAAGACUUAUUGAAUAUAUUAGCCAGUUACGAUUCUGAAAACAUUCACAAAGUAUCACUAGAAAAACGGCUUGAAGCUGAACAGCAGAAAAACAACGAAUUAAGGGAUUUAAUUAGGAUUGUUUUCAAAGAGAAAAUGCCUUUUACCUAGCCAAUAAAUAGCAACUUCGGGCGAAUAAAUGUUUUUAAAUUGCAAACGACUAGUAGCCGUAUUAUUAGAGCACGGAUUUUUAUGCACCAAAAAGUAUUAAAAUUUGCCAUAUAAUAUGCAGUAAAAAUCAUAAAAAUAUGCAACAAAU